AUGCAUCCCCGUACCUCAGGCCUAGGGCUGUUACCACGUUAUGGUGGGGGAUGGAUGCAUCAGUUUGGACACAUCUACGCGCUUCAACAGGAGCUGUUGAACCCGGACGGGAAUAACUGGUUUCGGGCCGCGGAGCUGUUUUGCACCGCCCGACAUGAGGGUCUCGCGUUGAAUGUCAGCCAUUAUCGGAAUGCACUGCGGCAGUGCGUGCGGCCUGGUGCGUGGGCGCAAGCGCUUCAAUUUCUUUCGCAGAUGGAUCAGGAGGGCAUCCGCCUGGAUGUGAAUUGCGUUAGCAACAUCCUCACCACUUGUGUGGAGGGCAAGCGACCUCAAGAGGUAGAGGAGGUGUUUAGGAAAUAUUCAGGGAAAAUGAUGCUCGAUAGUGUGUGUUACCUGGCUCUGAUUAUCUCCAGAGUUGAAAAUAAAAGGCCUAUGGAGGCCAUAGAAGCUGGGCGUGUGCAAGAGGCGCAGGGAGUUCCAUUUCUUCCGAACACGUACACUCACUUGCUUGAAGCGGCAAGCGAAGCAACUGAUGUACAGUACGCACUUGAGUUAGUGCGGCGCAUGCAUAGUGAGCAGUGGCUUCCAACACCCCAUGUGCGUCAACUUGUCAUAAAACUAGGGGAAAAACACGGAAUGAAGCAGGAAUUUGACGCUUAUCUAGGGCUACAUAGUGAAAGGAAGGGAGACUCAGAGGAAGGAUUGCUUACGUAG